AUGGUUGAUGUGGGGGUUGGGUUUGGGGGUUGGUGUUGGGUGGGGUGGGUUGGGGGGGGGGGGGGGGGGGGGGGUUGUUUGUGGGGGGGGUGGUUUGAGGGUUGGGUGGGUUGUUGUUGUUUUUGUGUUGGUUGUUGUGUGGGUGGGGGGGGGUUGUGUUGGGGGUUUUGUGGGGUUGGUUGUGGGGGGUUGGGGUGGGGUGGUUGGUGGUGGUGUGUUGGUGUGGGUGUGGGUGGGGGGGUGGUGGGGUUGUGGUGGUGGGGGGGGGGGGGGUUGUGUGUGUGUGUGUUUUGUUGUGGUGGGUGUUGGUGGGGUGGGUUUUGGGUUUUGGGGGGUUUUAGGUGUGGGGUGGGGGUGGUGUGUGUUUUGUGGGUUUGUUGUUUUGUUGGUUGGUUGGGUGGUGUGUGUUGUUGGGGUUUAUUUGGUUUUGGUGUGUUUGGGGGGGUGGAGGUGGGUGGUGGGGGUGUGUGGGGGUGUUGGGGGGGUGGGUUUUGUUUUGGGGGGGGUGGGGGUGUUUGGUUGGGUGGUGUGGGUUGUGGGGGGUGGAGGGGGGGUGUGUUGGUUUUUUGUGGGUGGGGGGGGGUUGUUUUGUUUUUAGUUGGGGUGUUUUGUGGGGAGGGGGAGUUUGGUGUUGGGGGUGUGGUGAGGUGGUGGUUAGUUUGUGUUGGUUUUGGUGUUUUUUUGUGUGGGGUAUGGUAUGUGGGUAGUGGGGGGUGGUUGGGGGGGGAGGGUUUUGGGGGGUUUGGUUUUUUGUGGUUUGUGAGGGGUGGGUUUAUGUGUGGGGGGGGGGGGGGUGGGGGGGGUUGGGUGGUUGGUUUUGGUGUUGGGGGGGGGGGUUUUGGUGGUGUGGGUGAUGGGUGGGGGUGGGUUGGGGGGGGGGGUUUUGGGGUGGGGGGGGGGGGUUGUUGUGGGUUGUUGUUGUGGUGUUGUGGGUGUGGGGUGUGUGUGUGUUGGUGUUGGUGGGGGGGGGGGGGGUUGGGGGGUGUGGUGGGGGGUGGGGGGGGGGGUUGUGGUUGUGGGGAGGGUGUUGGUUGGUUUGUUGGUUUAGGUUGUGGGUGGGGGGUGGGGGGGUUGGGGGGGUGGGGGGGGGGGGGGUGGGGGGUGGUUUUGUUUUUGUUUGUGGGGGGGGGUGGUGGGGGUGUGGGGUGGUGUGGGGGUUGUUUGUUUGUUGUUGUUUGGGUUUGUGUUGUUGUGUUGUGGUGGGGGUGGGUAGGUUGUUUGGGGGGGGGGGUUUUGGGGGGGUUGUUUGUUUGUGGGGGUUUGGUGUGGUUGGGUGGGGUGGGGGGGUGUGGGGGUGUGGGGGGUGGGUGUGGGGUGGUGGGUUGUGGUUUUUUUGGAUGGGUUUGGGUUGGGUUGGGUUGGGUGUGGGUGUGUGUUUGGUGGGGGGGGUGGGGUGUGGGUGGUUGGGGGGGGGGGGGGGGUGGGGGGGUUGGUGGGGGGGGUUUGGGGGGGUGGGGGUGUGGGGGGUGGUUGGGUUGGUGUUGGGUUGGGUUUUGGUGUGGGGGUUUUUUGUUGGGUGUUUGUGGUGGUGGUGUUUUUUGGUUGGGUUGGGUGGUGGUUGGGGUGGGUUGUUUUUUGGUGUGGGUGUGGGUGGUUGGGUUGGUGGGUUGGGGGGGGGGUGGGGUGUGUGUGGUGGUUUUUGGUUGUUGUUGUGUGGGGGGUUGUGGUUGGGUUGUGGGGGUUGUUGGGGUGUUGGGGGGUUGGUGGGGGGUGGUGGGGUGGUUUGUGUUGGGUUGUGGGUUGGGGGGGUGGGGGGGGGGGGGGGGGGGGGGGGGGGGGGGGGUCCUGCUCUCACCUCUCUGUCCUCACCUCUCUGACCUCUCUACCCUCACCUCUCUGCCCUCACCUCUCUGCUCUCACCUCUCUGCUCUCACCUCUCUGACCUCUCUACCCUCACCUCUCUGCUCUCACCUCUCUGCUCUCACCUCUCUGACCUCUCUACCCUCACCUCUCUACCCUCACCUCUCUGCCCUCACCUCUCUGCCCUCACCUCUCUGCCCUCACCUCUCUACCCUCACCUCUCUGCCCUCACCUCUCUGCUCUCACCUCUCUGCUCUCACCUCUCUGCUCUCACCUCUCUGCUCUCACCUCUCUGCUCUCACCUCUCUGCUCUCACCUCUCUGCCCUCACCUCUCUGCCCUCACCUCUCUGCCCUCACCUCUCUACCCUCUCUGCCCUCACCUCUCUGCCCUCACCUCUCUGCUCUCACCUCUCUGCCCUCACCUCUCUACCCUCAUCUCUCUGCCCUCACCUCUCUGCCCUCACCUCUCUACCCUCUCUGCCCUCACCUCUCUACCCUCAUCUCUCUGCCCUCACUCUCUCUGCCCUCACCUCUCUACCCUCUCUGCCCUCACCUCUCUGCCCUCACCUCUCUACCCUCUCUGCCCUCACCUCUCUGCUCCUCUCUGCCCUCACCUCUCUGCUCUCACCUCUCUGCCCUCACCUCUCUGCCCUCACCUCUCUACCCUCUCUGCCCUCACCUCUCUGCCCUCACCUCUCUACUCUCUCUGCCCUCACCUCUCUACCCACUCUGCCCUCACCUCUCUGCCCUCUCUGCCCUCACCUCUCCUCACCUCUCUGCCCUCACCUCUCUGCCCUCACCUCUCUACCCUCACCUCUCUACCCUCACCUCUCUGCCCUCACCUCUCUGCCCUCACCUCCUCCUCUUGCCCUCACCUCUCUGCCCUCACCUCUCUGCCCUCACCUCUCUACCCUCACCUCUCUACCCUCACCUCUCUGCCCUCACCUCUCUGCCCUCACCUCUCUACCCUCACCUCUCUACCCUCACCUCUCUGCUCUCACCUCUCUGCCCUCACCUCUCUGCCCUCACCUCUCUGCCCUCACCUCUCUGCCCUCACCUCUCUGCCCUCACCUCUCUGCCCUCACCUCUCUGCCUCACCUCUCUGCCCUCACCUCUCUGCCCUCACCUCUCUGCUCUCACCUCUCUGCCUCACCUCUCUGCCCUCACCUCUCUGCCCUCACCUCUCUGCCUCACCUCUCUACCCUCACCUCUCUGCCCUCACCUCUCUGCCCUCACCUCUCUGCCCUCACCUCUCUGCCCUCACCUCUCUGCCCUCACCUCUCUGCUCUCACCUCUCUACCCUCACCUCUGCCCUCACCUCUCUGCCCUCACCUCUCUACCCUCACCUCUCUGCCCUCACCUCUCGCCCUCACCUCUCUGCCCUCACCUCUCUGCUCUCACCUCUCUGCCCUCACCUCUCUACCCUCUCUGCCCUCACCUCUCUGCCCUCACCUCUCUGCCCUCACCUCUCUGCCCUCACCUCUCUCCCUCACCUCUCUCUGCUCUCCUCACCUCUCUGCCCUCACCUCUCUGCCCUCACCUCUCUGCCCUCACCUCUCUGCCCUCACCUCUCUGCCCUCACCUCUCUGCCCUCACCUCUCUGCCCUCACCUCUCUACCCUCACCUCUCUGCUCUCACCUCUCUGCCCUCACCUCUCUGCCCUCACCUCUCUACCCUCACCUCUCUGCCCUCUCUGCCCUCACCUCUCUGCCCUCACCUCUCUGCUCUCACCUCUCUGCCCUCACCUCUCUCCUCCGCCCUCACCUCUCUGCCCUCACCUCUCUGCCCUCACCUCUCUGCCCUCACCUCUCUGCCCUCACCUCUCUGCCCUCACCUCUCUGCCCUCACCUCUCUGCUCUCACCUCUCUGCCCUCACCUCUCUACCCUCACCUCUGCCCUCACCUCUCUGCCCUCACCUCUCUGCCCUCACCUCUCUGCCCUCACCUCUCUGCCCUCACCUCUCUGCCCUCACCUCUCUGCCCUCACCUCUCUGCCCUCACCUCUCUGCCCUCUCUGCCCUCACCUCUCUGCCCUCACCUCUCUGCCCUCACCUCUCUACCCUCACCUCUCUGCCCUCACCUCUCUGCUCUCACCUCUCUGCCCUCACCUCUCUGCCCUCACCUCUCUGCCCUCACCUCACCUCUCUGCCCUCACCUCUCUGCUCUCACCUCUCUGCCCUCACCUCUCUGCUCUCACCUCUCUGCCCUCACCUCUCUACCUCUCUGCCCUCACCACCUCUCUGCCCUCACCUCUCUGCCCUCUCUGCCCUCACCUCUCUACCCUCACCUCUCUGCCCUCACCUCUCUGCCCUCACCUCUCUCCUCUCUACCCUACCCUCUGCACCUCUCUGCCCUCACCUCUCUACCCUCACCUCUCUCCUCACCCUCCCUCUCUGCCCUCACCUCUCUGCCCUCCCUCACCUUGGUCCUCUGGUCCGUCCUUGGUCGGUCCUUGGUCCUCCGGUCGGUCCUCGGUCCUCCGGUCGGUCCUCUGGUCAGUCCUCUGGUCGGUCCUCUGGUCGGUCCUUGGUCGGUCCUCUGGUCGGUCCUUGGUCGUCCUCUGGUCGGCCCUUGGUCCUCCGGUCGGUCCUCUGGUCGGUCCUCCGGUCGGUCCUCUGGUUGGUCCUUGGUCGGUCCUUGGUCGGUCCUCUGGUCCGUCCUUGGUCCUCUGGUCGGUCCUCCGGUCGGUCCUCCGGUCGGUCCUCCGGUCGGUCCUCUGGUUGGUCCUCCGGUCGGUCCUCUGGUUGGUCCUCCGGUCGGUCCUCUGGUCGGUCCUUGGUCGGUCCUCUGGUCGGUCCUCUGGUCCGUCCUUGUUCGGUCCUUGGUCCUCCGGUUGGUCCUCUGGUCGGUCCUUGUUCAGUCCUUGGUCCUCCGGUUGGUCCUCUGGUCGGUCCUUGGUCGGUCCUUGGUCGGUCCUCCGGUCGGUCCUCCGGUCGGUCCUCCGGUCGGUCCUCCGGUUGGUCCUCUGGUCGGUCCUCCGGUUGGUCCUCUGGUCGGUCCUCUGGUCGGUCCUCCGGUCGGUCCUCUGGUCGGUCCUCUGGUCGGUCCUCUGGUUGGUCCUCCGGUCGGUCCUCUGGUCGGUCCUCUGGUUGGUCCUCCGGUUGGUCCUCCGGUUGGUCCUCCGGUCGGUCCUCUGGUCGGUCCUCUGGUCGGUCCUCUGGUUGGUCCUCUGGUUGGUCCUCUGGUUGGUCCUCUGGUUGGUCCUCCGGUCGGUCCUCUGGUCGGUCCUCUGGUUGGUCCUCUGGUUGGUCCUCUGGUCGGUCCUCUGGUCGGUCCUCUGGUCGGUCCUUGGUCUGGUCGGUCCUCUGGUCGGUCCUCUGGUCGGUCCUCUGGUCGGUCCUUGGUCCUCUGGUCGGUCCUUGA